UUAGUAAAUAAAACUGGAGAGGAGGUUCCGCGAAACACGAAACUGUCUCUUAGGCGGAUUUAUACGAUUGACCCUCUCGAAGCUGGGGUGUCCGUACACGUUUCGACGGCUUCUCGAUUGCUCUUCCUCGAGCCUCAAGUUCGAGGCCAUUUGCAGUUCAGGGCUUUUAAGUUGUGGGUUACGUUCAGCAGAAGUCAUGCAGGCUUCAAGAGCAAGGCUUUUCAAGGAAUACAAAGAGGUGCAACGAGAGAAAGCAGCAGACCCAGAUAUCCAGUUAGUAUGUGAUGAUUCUAACAUAUUCAAAUGGACUGCUCUUAUCAAGGGACCUUCAGAAACUCCUUAUGAAGGUGGUGUGUUUCAGCUUGUAUUUGCUAUUCCAGAGCAGUACCCUUUGCUACCUCCACAAGUGCGUUUCCUGACUAAAAUUUUCCAUCCAAAUGUGCAUUUCAAGUCUGGGGAGAUUUGCCUUGAUAUCUUGAAGAAUGCUUGGAGUCCUGCGUGGACCCUUCAGUCUGUUUGCAGAGCUAUAAUUGCUUUAAUGGCUCAUCCAGAACCUGAUAGCCCUCUCAAUUGCGAUUCAGGCAAUCUUCUCCGAUCUGGUGACAUUAGGGGUUACCGGUCGAUGGCAAGGAUGUAUACAAGGCUUGCUGCGAUGCCAAAAAAAGGUUAAGCUUCAAGAGAAGUGUAUCGUGUAUGGACACUCACUUGUAUUGUGUGUACCAUCAUAUCCAAAUGUUAUUGUGAUGUUAAUGCAUGUGGAUAAAAUUGGUUACUAUGUUAUGAGCUCCAAUUCCAGGUCUUGAUAUUGUUACUUUGCAUGCAUUUGAAUGGCACUGGUUAUAGACCUUUUGCCUAGAGAUCAUGGAUUUAUAGUGAGUGCUACAUAAUUUUGUUA